UGCCUGAGGGCAGGUAAUGGGAAUAAAUAAAGCUGGAACCUCCUGCUGGGAUUGUCUCAGGAAUGGGCCCCAGGAUGUUCCCAUUGCUUCUGCUGUGCAUAUUCACAGUGCUCUUGAUGGAUGAAGGAGACAGAGUGUGGACAGCGAAAUUGAUUCGAUCUUGCUAUCAAUGUGCCCACUUUGAUGGAUACAGAUGCCGCAGUGGCUUGAAAAAGUGCUGGAAGUUCAAUCUAAUGAUUCAUAACAGGAGUUGUUCCACAGAACACUACUACUACACUGAUCGAAUUACAGAGAGACCUCGAUGAGAUGCAGGCACUGUUUGGGGGAUCAUUCUCAUCCAUGGAAAACCAAUGAGCUUCUGGAGAGAUGUCAUUGCUGGGAAGACAGUGUGAUUAAGCAAGGCGAUCACACUUGCUUUUUUUCUCUCUUUAGGGAGAGCCCUGUAUCGUUAUACACGAUUGUCUUGUAAAGUUUGUGAAGAGGGAAUGGUCCAAGUAUUCCAUGACUUACUGAAAGAAACAUUUUGCUGCAGUCAUGAUAACUUGUGUAAUAAUGGCAACAUAAAUUUAGAUACUACACUGAAAUUUGGAGUGGGGGUAGAUAACAUGACUGAUUUGAUAACACAUAAAUAAUAAACAUGUUUUUAGAUCUUUAAACCAUAUAGGAACAUAUAUUUUCUUAAAUAAUCCUUUCUCUUCCCCUCUAAAAUAGAAAAGGAUAUACUAGAGGUGCACCUGACUGCCUCCGUCAAAAAAGCAUGGGGCUCUCGAUCUCGGGAUUGUGAGUCAUACCAUGUUGGGUAUAGAAGUUACUUAAAUGAACUUAAAAACAGAGAUAGUAUAAAAGAUAAUAGACCCUAAAGUGAAAAAGAUACACACAAAUGCACAUAUACCAUAAAGCAAUAGGACAGCAUUGACUAACCACAGCAACUGAAUUAGUUUAAAAAGAUUUUUGUUUAGUAAACAGAGCAAAAUCCAACUCUACGAUGAUUCAGAAAUAUGACGAAGUCAAAACAAUUCAAGAUGGGAAAAUAUAAUUUAAUAAUGAGUGUGGAUCAGGAGCCUAUUUUGGGGCUCAAAAUCAUCAAAAGAGAUAAUAUACUUCACAUUAUUAAAGCCACUAACCUACAAUAAAGAUAUAAAUGAUUAAAACUUAAGCAGCCUAUACCACAGCAGCAGCUUUUCUUAACAACUCUCCUAUAGAAACUAUAGGAGAUAUGAUGAGAAAAAGAAAUGCAUGCUAAUCACUAGAUCAUGUGGGUAAAUAAUUAGCAAGGAGACUGAAGACAUAUACAACAUGAUUAUUAAGGCAGAUCCUAGAAACCUAUAUCUAAUCCUGAAUGCAGAUAAUAGAGAACACAGCUUUUCAAGUAUGCAUAGGACAUUAACAAAGAUUCUUCACAUAUAUCUGCCCUUUGGAGGAUAGAGUUGAUUUAUAUCUGAACUGUAAAAGAUCCAUAUUUUUCUCAGUAGAUGCUUGGCCUUUUGGCCAGGAUAAAAACAUUUAUGACGUCCUCUUUAAAGUCUGAAACUCCCCUGGUGAUUCCCAGCAUCAUUUUAUUUACUGAAAAAAUAAACUGUUUUCCAGUCUGGCUUGAUCACAUGGUCAGAGACAUUAUAACCCCACCCCUCCCCACCAACCACAUGCACCCUCAUUAAGAACUUUUGUUUAAAAUAGUCCUGAAGCCGAGAUUCCUCACACAGAUUUUGAUUGUGCAAUCCAGCAACAGAGAACAGUCUGUAUGUAAAUGAGGACUCCUGGGAACUUGUGCAUGGAAUGUCUCUUGGAUUUCCCCAACUUUUGUCUGCCCUCUCCUCCUUUUGCUUCACUGUAUCCUUUGUCUUCAAAUAAAAGCUGUAUUCAGUAUGCACUAUAAGUA